AUGGAAAGUCGGUCUGUGGUGCUUGAGGAGCAUGUCGACUCGGAAUACGAGCCAACAGAGCAGGAGAUCCUCGACUACUCCGAAUGGCUUGGAAUGGACGAGAACGACAAGGACUUGAUGUGGAUUGCCAGAGCCGGCUUGAAGGUUCCCUUGCCUCCUCCCUGGAAGCCCUGCACUACAGGCGGAGACGAGAAUGAGGUGUUCUACUUCAAUUUCGAGACUGGCGAAAGCGUAUGGGACCAUCCGUGCGAUGAGUACCAUCGGAUGCUCUACAAGAAGGAACGGGCCAAGAAGCCAGCUACUCAGUACCUAGUGAGCAACGAAAAAGUACAAGUACAGGAGACCCAAAAAAGUCAGAGUGCCCCAGCUUGCCGAUGUAGUGGUGUACAACUGCUACACUUAAAUUCAGCACAGCUUUGCCCCAAUCCCCCCCCCACCUUUGUUUUCAGUAUGGUUGGCUGUGGCAAUGCAGCAUGCAUCUGCUUCGCGACAGAAUGCCUCUCUCAAGCUGACAAGUGA